AUGGCCGACGCGUGGACCGUCAUUGGCAUCCUCGCCAGCAUCCUUGGCAUUAUAGGCGCCGUCAUCGCUACCUACACCACUAUGGUCCCGCCCACCGUGCUUGUGGAAAAGUCGGAGAAGCUACGCAAGGAAACCAGGGAGUACCUGGAGAAGGUCUACGCUGAUGGACUCAUCGACGACACAUUCUUCUCUGAAUAUGAUCAGAUUGAGAUGCAACCUGUUGAGCUGGAUGUGAUGGAGCUCCACGGAGUGCUUUUUGAGCCGCGCCCGUGGUAUCGACGACCCCACUUUUGGUACACGACAUGGGUGAACGUCCGAGUGUGUUGCCGUUGCCUGACGCGUAUCCAGGCCAACAUAGCAUCUCGCGCAUCCAUGACACGCAGACAACAACUCGACCAAUCCCGUACAUUGGAGCGAGAGGUCACGUUGACACCGUCAGAGUGUACUCUUGCCUCCGACGAAGCCGAAAAGACCGUAUCCCAAGACGUUGUGCUCCACAAGCUCGAGCGUGGCGCAUUCGACCCUUCCCCGCCACCAUCCGUCGCCGAAGAGCCGCCGGUGUCCUCGCGUACUCGCUGGUCCUUCGACGUCGUCAAACACAGUUGGUCUUCGAUGCGCGCCCGCAUCGGCCCCUCCCGCAAAAGCCAACACGAGCUUCCACUCUUCGUGGGCGAGAAGAGACGCAGAGCUGGCACUGCGGGCGGGGGCCCCAUUACCCACGUGAUGACAGCCUUGUCGCAAUGUUGA